AUGGCCUCUCGUGCCCGCCUCUCAACAGGCUUGAAGCAAGUGCCGCAGCACCUUCGCGCAUACGGAUCACGACGACUUGCGAUUUCCACGGUAAACGCCGGUCAAAGGCCCCUACCUACGUGUUUUGCGUCGGUGCCCGUCGCAAGACGACAAUACCAUCUCGGUCCGUUCAAGCAGACAUUCUUGGUGGCGAAGGAUCAGGAUGACAAGAAGGGAUCAGGAAGGCCGCCAGCGGCAGCUGAGGACAAGGAAGAGAAGCAGAACGAAGAUGAAGUGAAGCCAGAGGAAGAACAGAAGCAGAAAGAAGAGGAGUUGAAGCCCGAGGAGUCGAAGGAGGCUAAGGGCGUGCGCACGGUCGGUGCUGCGGGAACGACGGGCGGUGGCAACAUUGUCGAUUCAUCCUCCGCGAACUCACCACCAUCGCUCCCGGCGCGACCUACGGUGCCUUCAACUUACCCGCGCCUCCUCGCGCUUCCGAUCACCCGUCGUCCUCUCUUCCCUGGUUUCUACAAGGCAGUGGUAAUCCGCAACCCGCAAGUCCGCGCCGCCAUCAAGGAGCUUUUGGCUCGUGGUCAGCCGUACAUCGGUGCUUUCCUCCUCAAGACCGAAGACGACGUAGAUGUCAUCGAGGACAAAAACAAGGUCUGGGAAACCGGUGUGUUCUGUCAAAUCACCAGCGUAUUCGAGAACGCCAAGAAAGACGGGGAAAGCGAGACUUUGACGGCUGUGUUGUACCCGCAUAGACGAAUCAAGAUGUUGGGAUUGGUCGACAAGAAGGGUGAGGCUGAGGUUGUCGAUGAGGGUGUUGUGGUGGAUGCUGCUGUUGAGGAGAAGCCUGCGACACCGGAGAACGAAGGCGAUGUCAUCGCGUCGUUCGAGCCUGAAGUGGAAGUUGAGGCGACGAAGCCUGAUGCUGGUGCCGAACCUGCCCGCAAGUUCAACCCAGUCGCGUUCUUGAACUCCGAGGAGUAUUCGGGCGUUAGCGUGGUUGACGCAGAGAACGUGUCGGACAAACCGUAUGAACGCAGCUCAUCCACCAUGAAGGCUCUUACCGCAGAGAUUAUCGGUGUUUUCAAGGAGAUUGCCGCGCUGAACCCUCUAUUCAAAGAGCAGAUCGCAUCCUUCUCUAUCUCUCAGUCCGCCGGUAAUGUUUUCGAUGACCCCUCCAAGCUCGCUGACUUUGCCGCCGCGGUAAGUGGUGCAGAAGUCCAGGAACUCCAGAACGUUCUUGAGAGCCUGGUGGUGGAGGACCGACUCCAGAAGGCUCUUGAGGUACUCAAGAAGGAGCUGCUGAGCGCACAGUUGCAGAGUAAGAUUUCCAAGGACAUUGAGACUAAGAUCGCCAAGAGACAUAAGGAGCACUUCUUGCGCGAGCAGCUUCAGGGCAUCAAGCGCGAGUUGGGUAUGGAGAGCGAUGGGAAGGAUAAGCUUGUUGAGAAGUUCGACGAGAGGGUAAAGAAAUUGAACAUGCCGGAACACGUCAAGAAGGUGUUCGAGGAGGAAUUGAACAAGUUGCAGGGUUUAGAGCCCCAGGGCAGUGAGUUCAACGUUACGCGAAAUUACUUGGACUGGUUGACGCAGAUCCCAUGGGGUCAACGCAGUCCGGAGAACUUCCAUGUAGGACACGCCGCAAAGGUGCUCGAUGAGGAUCAUUACGGUCUCAAGGACAUCAAAGAACGUAUUCUGGAGUUCAUCGCGGUCGGUAAACUCAAGGGUACUGUUCAGGGCAAGAUUCUUUGCUUCGUCGGACCCCCUGGUGUCGGAAAGACGAGUAUUGGCAAGUCCAUUGCCAGGGCUUUGGACAGGAGGUUCUUUAGGUUCAGUGUUGGUGGUUUGACGGACGUUGCGGAAAUCAAGGGUCACCGACGUACCUACAUCGGCGCCAUGCCAGGACAGAUGAUUCAAGCCCUGAAGAAUGUCGGCGUGGAGAAUCCCUUGGUACUCAUCGAUGAGAUUGAUAAGAUCGGUCGGGGGCAUGGUGACCCGUCCGCUGCCCUUUUGGAACUGCUUGAUCCAGAGCAGAACAACUCAUUCUUGGACCAUUACCUCGACGUUCCGGUCGACUUGAGCAAGGUACUCUUUGUCUGUACGGCUAACUCGUUGGACACCAUUCCUGGCCCUCUGUUGGAUCGCAUGGAGGUGAUUGAGCUGAGCGGUUAUAUCGCACAAGAAAAGCUCAAGAUUGCUGAGAAGUACCUUUCUCCUGUUGCGAAGGAAGCUGCCGGCUUGAAGGACGCGAAUGUAGACCUUACGCAGGAUGCCAUCGAAAUGCUGAUCAAAGCCUACUGCAGGGAGAGCGGUGUCCGCAAUUUGAAGAAGCAUAUUGACAAAGUUUACCGGAAGGCAGCGUACAAGAUUGUUCAGGACGUGGGUGAGGAGGAGUUGAGUGAGGAGAAGGCUCUGACGGAGGAGGGCAAAGAAGCAAAGGAAGCUGUUGAGGUCGAGCAGAUGCAGGAGGCAGUCAAGAAGGAGGAGGGUGGGAAGACCGAGGAGAGGGAUCAACCCUUGACCGAAGCCGCUAAGGAGGACAGCAAGACUAGCGAGCCCCGCAAGCCGAUGAAGGUUCCUGAUUCUGUCGCCGUCAAGAUUGAAUCCAGUAAUCUGAAGGAUUACGUUGGUCCACCGGUAUUCACUUCUGAUCGCAUAUUCGAGACAACGCCGGCCGGUGUCGUCAUGGGUCUUGGAGUUAGCGGCUUGGGUGGCUCUGCCCUCUACGUGGAAUCUAUCGCGCAAAAUGCUCUUGGUAAGCAUUCAAAGCCGGGAUUCAUGUUAACUGGUCACCUGGGUGACGUGAUGAAGGAAUCUGCUUCCAUUGCGUCUUCCUAUACCAAGAGCUUCAUUGCCCGCGAAUUCCCUCAGAACCGCUUCUUCGAGAAAGCGAGCGUGCACUUGCACUUCCCGGCGGGUUCUAUACAGAAGGAUGGUCCCAGUGCUGGUAUUACGAUGGCAACCUCACUGUUAUCCCUGGCCUUUGAUCACGCGCUUGACCCCACAAUCGGCAUGACUGGUGAGUUGACCCUGUCUGGGAAGGUGCUUAAAAUCGGUGGCUUGAGGGAGAAGGCCAUUGCUGCCAAGCGCAGCGGCGUGAAGACCAUCAUCUUCCCCAGUGACAACAAGGCCGAUUGGGAGGAAAUGCCCGAACACAUCAAGGAGGGUCUUGAGGGUAAACCUGCGGAGUGGUACAAGGAUGUCUUUGAGGUGGCCUUCAAGGAUCUCGACAAAACGAGAGCGGCUACCCGAUGGAUCGAGGACUUCAAAAGGGAUUUUGGUGGUGACGAGGUUGUAGCGUAA